AUGGCAAAUGCUCUUAUUUAUCAAAACAUAUCUUCAACAACAUCAAUCAAAAACAAUUACAAUCAAGUAACAGUAAUGUUACAUACAGAUGGAGCGCCCGUUACUAAAUUUCGUGGUAAAUCUUUAUGGCCUAUUCAAGCCAUUUUAUGUGAAAUUCCACUACCUAUUAGAAAUCAUAAACAAGCUAUUAUGAUCUUUGGAGCAUGGCUUAGUACUCAUCAUCCUGAUAGAAAUAUUCUAUGA